AUGUUUAAGGAUCAACAGAUCCUGGGGAAAGAGGGGAGAAUUCUUAAAAUGAACGAGAUUCUGUACGAACCGGACAUCUUGCAAGCAAAGGUGGAGGAGAUGAAGAUCUCAAUAUUAAUUCUGUUACUAUCACUGAUAUAUUUGGCAUGGGGACAUGGAAAUUGUGGCGGAUGUAGUAACAAUUGUUCAAGAUGCGUACAAACAUGUUCGGAUUGUGAUUGUGAAUGUGAAGAGUCAAAUUGUGGUGAUGAUUGUAACAAAGAAACAAUUAAAAAUAAUACGGUUAUAAUCAAUUCCGAUUCGACAUCAUCAUCCAAUUCAAAUCUUCGAUUGACCCUUGAUAAUAUUGUUACUGUUAAUAACACCAUUGAAAAUCCCAUUAAUGUUACAACCAUUAAUAAAAAUAACAUAAAAUUACAUCCAUCUAGUUCUACCAAGAAUGGUGGAAAAUCUGAACGUUUAGUUGUUCCCGUUCCUGUUCCUGAACCUGUUUAUAUUCCUCAUCCUGUAUAUAUUAAUAAACCUGUUCCGGUACCACAACCUCAUCCUGUGUAUGUACCUUAUCCCGUUCGAGAAAAAGUACCCGUUCCUGUUCCUCAUCCCUUACCUAUUCCUGUACCACAUCCUAGACCAUAUCCUAUUCCGAUUCAUCAUUUUGUUCCUGUGGACCGUCCUGUUCCGCAACCAAUUCCAUUUCCUCAUCCAGUACCUCAACCAGUUCCAGUUCCUCAACCGAUUCCGGUUCCUCAUCCUGUACCUCAACCGGUCCCAGUUCCGCAACCGGUUCCAGUUCCUCAACCGAUUCCAGUUCCUCAUCCACUCCCGCAACCCGUUCCAGUACCUCACCCAUAUCCAGUUCCACAAAUACGACCAUACCCUGUAUAUGUUCAUCUUCCAAAUAGU